GGCGGCGAAAGAUGGCGUCGAGAGCUGGAGCUGGAGGAUGAGAGACGGCGCGGUGGCGGCGGCGGCGGCGGCAGGGAGGGGAGGCUGAUGGAGUCGCUGGCCGCUUACGUGUACAAGGCGGCGAGCGAGGGGCGGGUGCUGACCCUGGCGGCGCUGCUGCUGAACCGCUCGGAGGCCGAGGCGCGGGCGCUGCUCGAGGCCCGGAGCGCGCAGGGCGGGCAGCGGUCCACCCCGCUCAUCAUCGCCGCCCGCAACGGCCACGGCAAAGUGGUGCGGCUGCUGCUCGACCACUACCGGGUGGCCACCGAGCAGACCGGCACCGUGCGCUUCGACGGCUACGUGAUCGACGGCGCCACGGCGCUGUGGUGCGCGGCGGGAGCCGGUCACCUGGAGGUGGUGCGGCUGCUGGUGGGCCGCGGGGCCAACGUCAACCACACGACCGUCACCAACUCCACCCCGCUCCGCGCCGCCUGCUUCGACGGCCGCCUGGACAUCGUGCGCUACCUGGUGGAGAACAGCGCCAACAUCGGCAUCGCCAACAAGUACGACAACACCUGCCUCAUGAUCGCCGCCUACAAGGGCCACAGCGACGUGGUCAGGUACCUGCUGGAGCAAAAGGCUGAUCCCAAUGCUAAGGCUCACUGCGGGGCCACAGCGCUGCACUUUGCUGCCGAGGCCGGACAUCUGGUUAUCGUGAAGGAGCUGGUUGGGUGGAAGGCGGCGAUGGUAGUGAACGGACAUGGCAUGACGCCGCUCAAGGUGGCCGCUGAGAGCUGCAAGGCCGACGUGGUGGAGCUGCUCCUCAACCACGAGGACUGUGACCGCACCAGCCGCAUCGAGGCCCUGGAGCUCCUCGGCGCCUCCUUCGCCAACGACCGGGAGAACUACGACAUCGAGAAGACCUAUCACUACCUGUACCUGGCUAUGCUGGAGCGUCACCGAGACCCAGGCAACCCCAUUGAGAAGGUCACCCUGCCCUCACUGGAGGCUUACAGCGGCCGGACUGAGUGCCGCACGCCACAGGAGCUGGAAACCAUCCGGCAGGACAGGGACGCUCUGCACAUGGAAGGGCUGAUAGUGCGGGAGCGCAUCCUGGGCUCGGAGAACAUCGACGUGUCGCAUCCCAUCAUCUACCGGGGAGCCGUGUAUGCAGACAACAUGGAGUUCGAGCAGUGCAACAAGCUGUGGCUUCACGCCCUGCAGCUCAGGCAGAAAGGUAACCGCAACAUCCACAAGGACCUGCUGCGCUUCGCUCAAGUCUUUUCUCAGAUGAUCCACUUGAACGAGCCGGUGAAGCCCACGGACAUUGAGAACGUGUUGAACUGCAGCGUACUUGAGAUCGAGAGGGGCCUGGCCAGGAUCAAGAGCCCGGUGGAGAUGGAUAUCCAGGCAGCUCUGGAUAACUAUGAGUCCACGGUGUUUACUUUCCUGUACUUGGUGUGCAUCUCCACAAAGACUCAGUGCUCGGAGAGCGAGCGAGCACGUAUCAACAAGCAGAUCUAUAACCUGAUCCACUUGGACCCUCGGACUCGGGAGGGCUCCAGUCUGUUGCACUUGGCCGUCAACCCCGGCACUCCGGUGGACGACUUUCACACAAAUGACGUGUGCUGCUUCCCCAACGCCCAGGUCACCAAACUGCUGCUGGACUGCGGGGCCGACACCAACGCAGUGGACGCCGAGGGCAAUAGCCCGCUGCACGUCAUCGUGCAGUACAACCGGCCGAUCAGCGACUUCCUGACGCUACACGCCAUCAUCGUCAGCCUGGUGGAGGCCGGCGCUCACGCCGACAUGACCAACAAGCAGGGCAAGACCCCCCUGGACAAGAGCACGACAGGGGUCUCCGAGAUCCUGCUCAAAACACAAAUGAAGAUGAGCCUCAAGUGCCUGGCCGCCCGAGCGGUGCGGACUUACAACAUCAACUACAAAAGGCAGAUCCCACACACAUUGGAAGAGUUUGUAGAGUUUCAUUGACUGUUAGCUCCACUGAAUAGACUGCUCUAGAUA